AUGAGUAUAGAAAUGACUAUUACAAACGAUACCAAGUUUUCAGAGUUCCUCACAUACACCAAGAACAACUUCAACAAGAAGGGAUUGUGCGGUGUCUAUGAUUGGUAUCACUCAAAGUACAUCAAGACCGGUAGAUUCGCUCCAAUCAUUCACUCUUUAGCACAACAGCAACAGCAACAACAUCAUUAA